AUGACCACACAUUCCAUCGGAACCAAGAAAGAAAACCUUAAUUCAAUCCAGAUUCUCUUCAAUUGUUUAUCUCCUACUUCUGUGACUCAACUCGGCGUUGUGAUUUACGAUAUGAAAGGGGCAGAGAAACCAAUUGGUAGUGCUGUGACGGCGAUGAUUGACCAGACACGGAGGAUGAGGCUCGCCGACCAGAGCUCUGCUUCGGUUCCUAGAAUCAAAGCAAGGAGAUCAUUCAAGGAUAAAGAUCCGUCAGAAGGCAGAUGCAAGCAAACUGCUAGAGAGAUAGCGAGUCUCCUGAGGAAUCCAUCUGCAUUUAGUCAUAAGAAAAGUGCGAAAAGGAAAACCAAAGCCAUCAAAAGGCAAAAGCUAGGUUUUGGCAGCUCCAGCGUUGCCUGCGCCACAAAGAAGCACACCACAUCUGACAGAAUUUCAGCUAGUCACACCUUAGCAGAGAGGCUAGCUAACAUGCGGAGACAUCUUCAAUGGCUUCAACAGAAGUGUCUAAGCAGGAGACAUCUUCAUUGGCUUCAACAGAAGUGUCUAAGCAGCGUAAAAGUAAUAAACAUCUUUGAUGUGUUCCAGAAUCAUACAGCUGCGAAACCUGGUUUGACUGCGGGACCUUGUGUCGGAAAACCGGAGAGGAAUACUGUGCAGGAAAGGAAAUACAAGAUAGGUUCUCAGAUGCGGUUUGAUGCUUUCUCAAGAAAAGCAUUCGGCAACUACUACGCUCGCACGGUGAUUCACAAAGACAACGGAGUUCGUUUAGAUACGGAAGUUCUUCAAAAAAAACUCAGAUAUGUUUUUUAUUCUUGUUUUUCUGUAUUUAUUCACAUUAAAACUUAGAUUAAUUUUAAAAUGGUUAGAUUUAUAUUAGUUGUGAAAUUAAGCGGACAUGAUAUCCAGCCAUUUGAAUUCAUUUGGUCCUUAGAGAUUAUUUAUGUUCAAUUUGUUUUCACAACUAAUAUAUAUCAAUCAAUAUUUUAUUAGGAAAAAAAUGAUAAUCAUAAUAAUAGUAAUGAAACUUAAAUCUAACCCAAAUAUAGAAUCUGAUAUUAUUUCUUGUAAUUGUUUCAGGUUAAAACUUUUUCUAUAAAAUGAAACUCAGAAAGCAAAAAGAUGUCAAGAGAUCUGUUUUCUAUUCUCUUUUUUUUUUAUUAAUUCAAAUGCAUUAAACCUAGAUUAAUUAAAAAAAAUCGAUUAGAUUUAUAUUAAUUGUGAAACUAACCGGACAUGGUAUCCAGCCAUUUGAAUUCAUUUGGUUGUUAGAGAUUAAUAUAAAUCAAUCGAUUUUUUAUUAGGAAAAAAAAUGAUAAUAAUAAUUAUAAUAACAAUACUAAAGCUUUCUCAACAAAUACAUUACACAAAGAAAAAUAAAAACAAAGAUAUGUUUUCUAUUCUCUUUUUUUUUUUAUUAAUUCAAAUGCAUUAAACCUAGAUUAGUUAAAAAAUCGAUUAGAUUACCUUGCGGGUAUAUGGGAGUGGAUUUACUUAGCCUAAUUUUUCAACGGGCGCAUAAGUCCUCGAAAAUUCCUAAGGUGAACUGAGAGCCGUUAUCGGUGAUGAUUUCAUAUGGAAGGUCGUGUCUGCAGAUUAUAAAUCUCCACACGAAUUUCUGAAAGUCGAUUGUGUGUAUCUUGGCAUAUUAAUUACAAAAUUAACCAGAUAUGGUAUCCAGCCAUUUGAAUUCAUUUGGUCAUUAGAGAUUAUCAAUGUUCAAUUUGUUUUCACAAUUAAUACUAAAUAAAAGUUGAAUCUAACCCAAACACAAUAUUUUUUUUAUUGUUUUAGGUUAAAUUUUUUUCAGCAA